AUGACUACUCACGUUGAAGGUCGCGAAUAUGAUGUUAUCUUCGCAGGCGGUGGCACAGCAGCUUGCGUCGCAGCUGGUCGUCUCGCAAGAGCAGACCCGAACCUCUCGAUCCUUCUUGUAGAGCAAGGCAAGAACAACUACAAUGAUCCGACUGUUGUCAACCCGGGGAUGUACCUGGUCCACCUGGCUCCAGGCUCCAAGACAGCGCUGUUCUACGAGGCGAAUGAAGAGAAGGCAUUGAAUGGCCGCAAGGCUAUUGUUCCAUGUGGUGGAAUCCUUGGAGGAGGAAGCUCGAUCAACUUCAUGAUGUACACUCGUGCUCAGGGCGAGGACUUUGACGACUGGGCGACCAAGGGAUGGAGCUCAAAGGAUCUCCUACCUUUACUGAAGAGACUCGAAACCUACCACCUUACAGACGAGUCGAUCGAUCAGUCUCUGCACGGACACGAAGGCCCCGUCAACGUGUCAAAUGGUUCUUACUUCCGACACGAAGCGGCCGAGGAUGUUUUGAGGGCAUCUGAAGCUACUGGGCAUGAGGUCGUUGCUGAUGCUAACGACCUCAACAAAGACCUCCGUGGCAUGAGAGGUGUUGGCGUUUUCUCCAAAUGGUCCAAGUACAUUUCUCCCGACGGAAAGCGCCAGGACGCGGCACACACAUACGUCCACCCCUUGAUGCAAUCUGGACAGUACCCGAACUUGCACCUCCUGGUUAACAGCAAAGUCCAGCGUGUACUCUUUGAGGGCAACAAGGCCACUGGAGUUGAGUAUAUCGAUGGUAGCGGCGCGCCUCUCUCAGUAAAGGCGAAGAGACUUGUAGUCGUCUCGUCGGGAGCCUUGGGUACCCCGUCUGUUCUUGAGCGAUCUGGCGUCGGUAACAAGGACAUCCUCUCCAAGCUCGACAUUCCCGUAGUCUCGGACAUCCCAGACGUCGGCGAGAAUUACCAAGACCACCACCUCAUUCUCUACCCUUACAAGACCUCACUCAAGCCUGAGGAUACUCUGGACUCCUUCCUCAGCGGCCGCAAAGACUUCGGCGAAGCUGUUGCAAACAAAGACCCAAUCAUGGGCUGGAACGCCAUCGACAUUUCCUCCAAGAUCCGCCCCACCGACGAGGAGAUCGAGGCCAUGGGUCCCCAAUUCAAAGAGCAUUGGGACGCCGACUUUAAGAACCGCCCAACUCGUCCAGUCAUGCUUGUCGGCGUCGUCUCUGCUUUCCUUGGUGACCACAAGCUUCUUCCAGCAAACGAGGACGGCUCAACAACCCAGUACUGCACCAUGGGCGCCUACACCGCAUACCCUUACUCAAGAGGUGACAUCCACAUCAAGUCCAAAUCCGUUGCGGAUCCCGCAUCCUUCAACACAGGCUUCUUCAAGGCCGAGGCCGAUGUUCAGAAGCAGAUCUGGGCCUACAAGAAGCAGCGUGAGGUGUACCGACGCACUGACGCCUACAGAGGAGAGUUGGCAAUGGGCCACCCACCCUUCCCCGCCAGCUCCGCGGCUGCGAUCCAGGAUGGCGCUGUUGCGACGUUCAAAUCUCAGGAAGACCGGAAUAACUUGCCUGAGAUCAAAUACUCGGCGGAGGAUGACAAGAUCAUCGAGAAGUUCGUGCGGGAUCAUGUGAACACGACGUGGCACUCAAUCGGAACAUGUCGCAUGGCGCCCAAGGAAAAGGGCGGAGUCGUAGAUGCCGACCUGAACGUGUAUGGCACACAGGGAUUGAAACUCGCAGAUCUUUCGAUCUGUCCUGGAAAUGUUGGGGCCAAUACUAACAACACUGCGUUGCUGGUCGGUGAGAAGGCUGCUGAUAUUAUUGCGAAGGACUUGGGGAUCAGUGGCAUUGGUGAGCCGAUUGCGAGGGCGGACUAUCCACCGAUUGAGAGGGUGGAUUCUGCUGGCCCGAAGUGA